AUAGGCGUGCUGGCUCUGCAGGGCAGUUUCCGGGAGCACAUGGCGCUGCUGGAGAGGUGCGGCGUGGAGGCCAUAGAAGUGCGGACCAAGGAGGAGCUGGGCAGCUGCGCGGGCCUCAUCAUCCCAGGCGCGCGCCGCGGGCCGCGCUGCCUGAGCACCACCAUGGCGCUGGUGGCGGAGCGGUGGGGGCUCAUCCCCGAGCUGCGGCAGUUUGCGGCGCAGCAGCGGCCCAUCUGGGGCACCUGCGCAGGGCUGAUCUUCCUGGCGGACCGAGCCUCAGGCAUGAAGGAGGGCGGCCAGGCGCUGCUGGGCGGUCUGGACUGCACGGUGCAGCGCAACUUCUUCGGGGCGCAGAUCAACAGCUUUGAGACACAGCUGCCCGCCCCCGCCUGCCUGCCGCGGUCCGCCGACCCUUCAGAGACCUUCCGCGCCCUCUUCAUCCGCGCCCCCGCCAUCACAGAGACCGGGCCGGGUGUGGAGGUCCUAGCAGAGUACUGCCUCAGCGAGGGGGAGCGCGCGCAGCAGCAGCGGGACAGCGUGGCGGUGGCGGUACGGUCGGGACCGCUCAUGGCCACAGCUUUCCACCCGGAGCUCACG